AUGACGAUCCCACGCUUUAAACUUAUCUUCACCGUUCCUCCGGCAGCUCUCGAAGCAUGCAAAACGGCGAUUUUCGCUGCUGGAGCCGGUCGAUAUCCCGGCCCAGGCGGUUAUACCAAUUGUUGUUGGACGACAAUGGGGACGGGGCAAUUUCGUCCGGGAGAUACGGCGAACCCUCAUAUCGGUACUCCAGGUGUGGUAGAGCAGACUCCAGAGGUCAAGGUUGAGGUGAUGUGUCUUGGGGAGUAUGUAGCUACGAAUGCGGUUGCGGCAUUGAAGGCUGCCCAUCCUUAUGAAGAGGUUCCAUAUGAAGUCUAUAGGUUGGAGAACUUUUGA